AAGCUCUGAGCUCUGUGAUUGGUUAUGGCCGUUCGCUAAGUCGCCUCUGAUUGGUUAUUUUUUCUUCUAUCAACCCGGCCUGACUUGGCGUGUAGUGACGAACGGCAUGGUCCACCGAAAUCCGUCAUUAUGACACAUUUUGCAAUUCAUGAUUCAAACGGCUUGCACUUUGGUGAUGGAGCACCAAAUUUUGGAAAGAAUUCCACUGGAUUUGAUGGCUUCGAAGGCAAAAUAAAAGCCUUUUCAUUUAGUGACAAUGGACAGAGAUGUGGAUGGAUUGUUGAUGGACAGGUCAUUGUCGUUUCUGCACCUACUUGGGAGAGAAUAGGGUGUCUUAAGCAUCCAAGGGCACAGGAACUUUGCUUUUCCUCAAAUGGAAGUUACUUGGCAGUAUGGGACGCAUAUGUCAAAACUCAAGAUCAGAGUCAAGUACAACCUAACUUGAGUGUCUAUGAUGUAUCAGGAAAGAAAUUACUGAAAUCUUUCUUUCAGCAAAGUCAGAAUAAUUGGCAGCCUCAGUGGACAAAUGAUGAAAAGGUUUUUGCGCGCAAUGUUACAAAUGAAGUUCAUUUUUACAAGUCUGAUGACCUUAAUACCAUAGCUGAAAAGAAAAUCCUCAGCAAGGUUCGCUCCUUCAGUUUAUCUCCAUCUAGAAAUGUUCAUCAUGUCACCUUCUUUGUCCCAAGUAUCAAAGGUGCUCCAGCGUAUGUGCAUCUUUAUCGAUACCCUGACUUCAAAGAAGCUAGUCAAGCUCUAGCAAAUAAAAGCUUUUUUAAGGUGGACACAGUAGAAAAUUAUUGGAACAAACAGUGCAGUGCUUGCUUGCUGUUAACAGCUGCAGAAGUUGAUAAAUCAGGAACUUCAUAUUAUGGAGAACAGAUGUUAUUUUACCUGAACACAAGAGGCGAUUCAAGUAGGAUCUCAUUCAGCAAGACAGGAAAUAUCCACUCUGUGGCUUGGUGUCCAAGUGGGCAAGAAUUCUUCACAGUGUAUGGAACAAUGCCGUCCAAAGCAACACUCUUCAAUCACAAGUGCGAUGCUGUUGCAGAAUUUGGUACAGGAGCUCGAAAUACAGUCCUUGUAAAUCCUGUUGGGAAUAUUGUCAUGAUUGGCGGUUUUGGCAACAUUCCUGGCCGGUAUGAGAUGUGGGAUGUAGCAGCAAGAAAAAUCAUUGGAGAGGCAGAGUGUUCUGACACUACGCACAUGACUUGGUCACCUUGUGGGCAGUAUCUUCUCACAGCAACUUGCUCCCCACGCCUAAGGGUUAACAAUGGGUACAAAAUUUGGCAUUACACUGCCGUCCUACAACAUGAAACAUUUGUUCCUGAGAAGACAGAGUUGUAUACUGCCAACUGGAUUCCUAAUCAUGAGGCUGCUAAGUCUUUCACGAUUUCCAGAAACCCAGUGAAGGGUAUAGAAUCAUCUGUUGCCACAGCAUCCAAAAAGAAGUACAUUCCUCCAAGUCAGAGAAAAACCGUUGGCUUGGUAGGUGCUUCUACGGAGAAGAAAUUCCUCAGUGAAUUUGAUGAGCCACCCAAGGACGAAGAAGCUGCUUCAUUGUCAAAGUCUGCUUCGAAGAACAAGAAAAAGAAAGAGGGCAAGAAAAAGCGGGGAGAAAAUGGGAACGCAGAAAAAGCAGACAACUGGCGAUCACAAACAGCUGAUGAAAGUGAUCAAGGGGCAAACAUGUUGACUUCAACUUUAUCUGGGGCAGAACUUCUCUCUUCAAUUGCUGGGGUCACGUUGACUGGUGUUCCAGAAGUUGAUAAAAGAAUAAAAAGUAUUAAAAAGAAACUUCACUCAAUUGCCAAGUUGAAAGAUGAGCUGGCUGGUGGAAAGAUUUUGGAAAAAGCUCAGCUGGAGAAAAUGGCUACCGAGGAGCAGCUCUUGAAAGACUUGGAGACGUUAACAGUUUGAUAGAAUUCGUGUCUGAUUAUUGGCCCAUGUUCAAUCAUUAUUGUAUUUUUAUGAAAGUACCAAAGUAGAUUGUAAUUUUUUUUAACUAAUUGAAAGUUGGAAAUUUAUUUAUGGUUGACAUCGACAUAUUUUAUAUAUGUACAUAUGUCUGGUGUGUGUCAAGUGUAUGGAAGAGAGUGAAAGUUAUGGUAAAUUACCAUGCAUCUUUAGAAAGCUAGUUUGCCCUUUUUGUCAUUUAGAUUUGACAAAAGUAACCUAUUUUGUUUUGUUAUUAAAAAUUCCUUACCGUA